GGAGAUCAGAGGCUGGUGGAGACCAGGAGUCCUCAGUGGAAGCCCAGGAGAUGGGACGGGAGGCCUGGAGGAUGAGGCAGAGGCCUGGAUGGCCCAAGGCCCAGGACAACCGAGGCCUGGCCCAGUGCAUGGCCCAGGUCCAAGUCCACCCAGACAGCGAAAUCAUGGAGACUUCCAAGACCUUCAUUAGACGUCCUCCGGUCACACCAGGCUACAGUGGCUUCGUGCCCUACCUCAGCUGCCAGGGGACCUCUGGCGAGGACCACAUGGACCACUGCCUGGAAAACUUCCAGGAGCAAAGGCAGCGAUACGUAGACCGGCAGGAGGAGCUUCACCGUUCAGUGGACGCUGCCCCCAAACUGAAGCCCAUCUGCUCCGAGGACACGGUCCUGCGGGCUCUGCACGAGUACACUCGGAAGUACCACCCCCUGAGUCUGGAAUGCAAGAACAUGAAGAAACCUCUCCAUGAGCCCCCGAUCCCUGGCUGGGCAGGCUACCUCCCCAGAGCCAAGGUCACUGAACUAGGUUGUGCCACGAGGUACACUGUCAUGGCCAGAAACUGCUACAAGGACUUCAAGGACAUUGUGGAGCGGGCCAAGAGAGCACGUCUGAAACCAUACGAGGAACUGUGUGGAAUUAGCCUCACACAAACCGAUGCUCCUUCUCCAAAAGUUUUGCAGCACGAAGAGCUGACACCCCCAAACCCAGACUUCUCCCUCGCAGGUGGAAGCUGCCCUACCUUUGGAAAACCCUGGGGCCAAGACCCCAGAGCUCCGGUGACAUGUGACUCGCCUCAGAGGCUAAGUACUCCAUGCAAUACGAAGAUUUAUCUAGGGCCACGGCCCUCACCAAAGAAUGCAGAGGUCUAGAAGCAUGUGGCUUAGACCUCCAGGGACAGGUGGAGCCCAGGGGAGUGGCAGAAGCCUGCCAGUGUUGCACGGGCCGGUGCCUCAUCCACACCUAGUGGGCAAUGGGAAAGUGUAAGAGCACAGUUCCCCCGGGCCUGCACCCUGAGCUGCAGCGUGGCUGUCAGCAAUCACGAAUCUUGUUGUUGUGUGGGAAUAAAGAGGAGACUGCUCAGUGUGCUAAA